UGGAAGGCGAGGGAGGACCUGAGAAGAAACCAGACGACACCCUCAAACCCUAUAUCGGCUUUGUUUCUCACCCCGAUCUUUGCGUGUUCUCGUCGCCAUGGCGGAGGUGGAGGCAGAUGCAAGGGCAAGGGCACCCAAGUCGCGUCUGUGGGCGGAGGUGCAGGAGGCUCAGGCCCACAUGCGCGUGGUCCAAGCGAAGAUCCGGGACCUCACCCUGGGGAUGAAGACCAAGGAAUUCUCGGCAGGGCUGAGCAAGGAGCAGCUGGCGGCGAAGGUGGCCAAGGUGAAUGAAGAGCGCUUGGUGUGGAUGAAGGAGUACAUUCGGCUCAACCUAGUCCAGCCAGAUUUCUCAGGCGUCACCGAGGCGGAGCGGGCGGCGGAGGCGGAGAGGUUCAGGCAGGAAGCCUUGGAGGAGGGCCGCCGCCUGCUCAAGGCCGGGGACCCCCGCGGCUGGAAGCGGGAAGCCUUGGGUCGCGGUGGCGUUAUCGAUUUCGAUCCCAAACAGGGGGGCCUCUACUACAACCGAUUCACCGCCGUCGACUUCAAAUCGUUCGACCUGGACGAGGAGUCACCCCUUGGUCCCAUGAGGUUUACUGAUGCAGACUACCAAAGCAAGAGAGACUACUGGCGCCUCAUUACUCAUGCCGUAAACGUCCUGUACGUCAAGAUAGCCAGCUCAGAUGUUGGCUUCCCAAUCCAUGUCUAUGGCACUGUCAUUGUCAGGGACAGCGUCGAUGAGAAGUGUGUUUACCACUUCUGUCGUGACAGUCACCAUUGCCAACUCAUCAGCUCUAAGGAUGAAUCAUUGCUCUUGACUGGGCCAAAACGAGGACUCGCGUUGCUAGAUGAUAUCUAUGUUGAGACUGAUCUCAAGAUCAAGGAUCAUCUAGGACAGGACAGAGAAUUUAGUAAAGGAAUAUUAUCUAUCAGGGGUACAGGUCGAACAGUGAAGGAAUGCGAGAUCGAAACCAAAUCUCUUGCUACCAGGCUCAGCACCGUGGAUGUGACGUAUGCAGUUGUGAAAGAUGCAGUGGAGGCAACUGUGGCAGUAGAAGUUGUGCAGGGAGUUUUCCAUGGAAAAAUCACUGCCUACACCACGAGCAUCAAGGACAGGCUUCUGCUCUACGAUAGCAGUGAAGAAGCAGCUGACACCAUGACUGGUGGUGCUGAUGGUCGUGGAGCUAUGAUACUACAGCUUAUGCGGCCUGUUGUGUCUGUCUAUUUGAAGGAUAUGCUGAUAAUUGAUGCUCAGCAGCCUGGGGACGGUGAAUCGAGAUGCAUCCUGUUUACGCCAAGGGCCAACCGUGGAGAUGAAGAUCAACUUACUAUCGGUGGUGCUGUGUUGCGUGUGAAGAUCUUUUGGUCGGUAAUGAAUCCCUGACUAGUCUGGAUCAGCUUGUUGUUAAGACUUCAAUGGAAGGAUCUGUAUGCUUCAAUGGUAGGAUCAGACCGAGAGCCAUGUAAGGACCCAGUGCAGUAUGACCUUAACAUAGGACUUUGGGAACUUUUGGUUGUAGUUAACCUUAGCAACUAUUGUGUACCUUAAAAUGGAUGAGCUGUCCAUAUGGGAUCAUGCAUGAAUGUUAUUUGCCACUCUAGUUUUCAGAUUAUCUGGUACUUCAUCUAGCCUCCUUUGUCAA